AUGGAAGGUUCUGGUCUGGGCUGGACUGGAGAUGCCCGGGCUGGACUGGAAACGCUUGGGCUAGACUGGACCGUUGACAACUUGACUGCUAAGCUUCAACUUGUAAAUCGAUACCAAAGGCUGAUUCUGGCAGAGCUUCAAUGUACCUCAUGCUUUUGUGAAGCUUUUGAGUGGGCAGAACUGCAGUUUUCUCUGUCCGCACGGGCAGGAAUGACUGUUUUUUGA